GUUGAGAAUAUUGAACCGAGAGUACCCCUAUCAAUAGGAACGUUUAGUGUGCUCAGAUUUUGAGAUAUCAUGGGCAUUGGACAUAUCAUAAUUGCUCCGCGUGGUUUUCCAUCUGAAUGCGCAUGAUUGAGCAGUGACUUCACACACUCAACGAAAGAACAAAAGAGGAACUCACAGAUAUCGGAAUGAACCAGAUGUUGGACCAUCAAACGGAACAAGAGUUAUGAAACCCACACUACCGCCACAACGACCACUUUUUUAGCCGUGUUUAAAAAAAGGAAAAGUCCUUGACAGGGUGACAACAAUGGGCUACAGUUCGAGAUUGCUUUUGGUCCAAGCAGUGGUUGCUUGGACCAUUUUGGUCGUCCCACCUUUCAUCGUGACUCUCCUGUUGUACUACAGAGAUUACUUUCAGACGCCAGAGGGUCUUUGUUCAGCCAAUUCAUUUAAAGGGCCUCUGAAAGUGUCGGAUGUACCCUUCUGUAGGAAUGCCACUGACCCUGAUUUCGGUCCAAUUCAGUGUCUGAGGGACCUUUGUCAGGAUGAUGAGCUGCCUCUCAAUCGCAGCUCAAUCAUAACAUGUUUUGGUUGCGGCCUAACCUUGCAUCUCCUGCACGACGACCUUGACGUGUUAUGCUCAAUGAAAAAUUCAUACGAGGUGUCAGAUAUGUAUCGAGUGAUGUGUUCCUUGAACUCCUCUUGGUUCACCUCACAUGGAUCCCCUGUUGUUGAAGAAGAGACCGGUGAGAACGUCGCUGAACGUCCUGUUUUGGAGAUGGAGGACGUCGAGGAUUAUGAUAACACUACGUCAUUGUCCUCUUGCGGAGAGAAAAUGAUGGAUUAUCAAUAUUUAAUCACCGGUUCCCACUUUUGGAUCAAGGGGAUCGCUUUGACAAUUCUUGGAAGUUGUGGACUUUUGGGCAAUAUCAUCACCAUCUUCGUGCUCUCCAAGCUACAAACGAGCAAAAACUUCAACAAGCUUCUCAUCACUUUGGCCACGUGCGAUAGUCUUCUCAUCAUCUACUUCAUCAUGGAAAAGUCCAUUGUGGAGACAUUCAGCUACGAAGAGCCGCUUUGGUACCGAGUGGCUUACCCGUAUAUUCUUCACCCUUUGCGGGGCAUCAUCGAAACGGCCACAGUGUAUAUGGUGGUGGCCAUUAGUGCUGACAGGUUCAGGGCCAUUUGUCAUCCGUUGAGUGAGAGGCAGUCGCCCUUUCGGUACAUUGUUUAUGUUUUGGGUCUGUCCGUGACUCUCGAGAUCCCGCGAUGGUUCGAGUUCCAGUUGAUCAAUAACGAAGGGACUGUACAAUAUUGGACCACACCGCUUAUGGAGGAUCCCGACUAUAUCAGAUUUUCCAGCUAUUGGGACGAGCUCAUCGCCACGGGGUUCGUUCCCUUGUUGGCUUUGGUGUACUUCAAUUCUCGGAUCUACGUGAAGAUCCGGGCCUCGUCCAAAUUCCAACAUCGCUUUAUUGGUCGAGGAGCCUUUCCCAAAAAGGACAGCUGCCGGGCCUCUUUUGCUCAAAACCACUCGGUCGCCAGUCAAGCAGCCAACUCAAGCAAUAACCAUCGAACCAUUCUCGUGGAUCCUCUAGCGGACGAAGGACAUCCUCUUCGAAGAUCUUCCACUCGACGGAUCGCUACCAAUCAAAAGCCAUACUCAUCGCGAUCCAAAUCCUUGGCCAAGAUGAGCUUCCGAAUCAACGAGCCCGGAAAGAAGAAACAGCUUUUCCAAAAAGCUACUCAAACAUCCAAAGCCAAUCCUACAUUGUUGAAUAGGGCUUGCUCAAUCCUGAAGACGAAAGAAUCGGAACCAUCCAUUGCUUUGCCGCAAAAGGAGACUCAAAUAUUUGUCUCGGGUGAAGGGACCGAAUCUUUGGCUAUGGAGAUCCAAUCCAGUCAACCAUCAUCCGAGGCGCCGUUCCGAAAGAAACGGGAAAAGUCUACCAUGAUUUUGGUGAUGAUCGUGCUGAUCUUUGUGGCGUGCCACGCAUUCCGUUUGGCAGUCAAAGUCUACGAGUUCGCCAAUCCAGGUAAUCAGACUUUGGAGCAUUACAACUAUUGCGAGCAACAAGGCCGCUACAGCGUGCCCGUGUCCUUCUUCAUGCUCCUCACCACCAACGACAUCUUCCUGGUGUUCAACUCAUCGGUGAAUUUUGUGAUCUAUUGCUUUGUCGUCAAAGAGUUCCGCGAUUGUGUCAAAGAGUUUUUUCUCUGUCAGAAAUGAAUCCCUAUUGUACUGUCA